GUGGGCCCAGACUCCGGGGGAGGCGCUGGGGAGAAGUGUGGCGCAGUGUGGCCGAGACCCCGGGGGAUGCGCAGGGGAGAAGUGUGGCGCAGUGUGGCCCAGAACCCGGGGGAGGCGCAGGGGAGAAGUGUGGCGCAGUGUUAGCAGUCGCAGUCCAGCUGGGAGGUCGCUGGUGUGUGAAGAGGUGAGGGUGGUGGGCGAAGGUCAGGCGUCAAUGCGAGCGGUGGGGGCGAAGGCACAAGCGGCGACUACGUGCACGUUACAUUCCGUGCAUGUCUGACCGGACAUCAGUCGGGACGACUUCCAUUUGUUUGGUCCAUAGUGUGGGCAUGCAGGCGAGCAACGACCACGAUCUGCACAUCCACGAGGCCAGGGUGGAACCAGUCGCCUGUACGAGCACGUAAUUUGGUUGAUGAAAAAAGCUGUUCAACGACGGUGAUGAUUAAUGGCAGUUCCGGCUGGAGGGCUGCCAGUGCUGCAAGGCAGUUUUGGCAAAUCAGCAGCUCAUAUACAUAUACAUCCAAAUGUGCGCACAAUUGCAGGGGUUAGCAGGGUCUGCAAAGUCUCGGCGCUCCCUCCCUCCUUUCUUGAGGAGGAUAAGAGGGGGCUUACACAACAACUCUUAACAGGGAAUUCUACCUACGGUGGGGAUCAGGCAUCGAAGAUGUCGUCCUCGCUAUCGUUCGUGGACAGAGUUGUAGGCACAACACUUCACAACAAUGAGAGGAGUGCGUCUGAUCUUGCCAUGCCGUCGCUGCAUUCGCUUCAACCUGAGCUUCACCAUGUCACAGAUUUCUGUAUUGAUGAGAAGGCCUUGCAGUCGCCAGUGAGCAGCUUGACGCACAACUUGAUCAUUAUUAUUCUUAACCAGGAGCUUCCCAUUUGCACGCCGGCACUCUGGAAACAAGGGCAGCUACAUAUCUGUGCUGAUGGAGGUGCAAACCGGUUGUACGAUGAACUGCCAUUCUUUUUCCCCCUUGAAGCUGCAGAUACUGUGAGAAGAAGUUUGCGCGCAGCAGUUUCCACAGCUGCAGUUCCCACUCUUGCAGUUUUCACUGCUACAGUUUCAUGCAGCGCUUUGCACUAAUGCAGUUUCCACUCUUGCAGUUUUCACUGUGGCAGCAGUUUCCAUGACUACAGCUUCCUCUCUGCAGUUCCAGUGCAGACAACAUGACUGCCUUCCUGAGGCUCACAUCGUUUAUUUCAAACGUUUGCCCAAUCAACAUGCCUAUCCUCU